CGAGGCGAACAGGUGACGACAUCGUUGUCAUACUCGUGAUUUCAUAACACGCCAUUUUCUUUGUGCGAAGCGCUGGAGCGCGGAGGUGUUUUUGCAGGCCGUGGUUCCCUGGACGAAGUGUGCCCCCCAGUAAAGAAUGGCGUCCCGCAAGAAAGUGUUGCUGAAAGUCAUUAUCCUUGGGGAUUCGGGAGUCGGGAAGACUUCUCUGAUGAAUCAGUACGUCAAUAAGAAGUUUAGUAACCAAUACAAAGCGACAAUAGGAGCGGACUUUUUGACCAAGGAGGUGAUGGUGGAGGAUAGAAUAGUUACUAUGCAGAUUUGGGACACCGCCGGACAGGAGAGGUUUCAGUCGUUAGGAGUGGCCUUUUACAGAGGCGCGGACUGUUGCGUACUGGUGUUCGAUGUAUCCGCUCCAACUAGCUUCAAAUCUCUGGAUUCAUGGAGGGAUGAGUUUUUAAUUCAAGCCUCACCCCGGGAUCCGGACAACUUUCCGUUCGUCGUGCUCGGGAACAAAGUAGAUCUUGAAUCCAGAGCGGUCUCAAGCAAGAGAGCACAGCAGUGGUGUCAAUCUAAGAACAAUAUUCCAUAUUUUGAAACUAGUGCAAAAGAGGCUAUUAAUGUCGAGCAAGCUUUCCAGACGAUAGCUAAGAACGCUUUAGCUCAAGAAAGUGAAGUUGAACUUUACAAUGAAUUCCCGGAUCAAAUCAAAUUGACCAACGACCAAAGAAGCAACGGCAGGGGUGAUUCGUGUGCUUGCUAGGUCUUGGAACAGUGGUAAUAACUCGAAUGACUAAUAAAGAAUGCACAGGGAUGUUUAUAUGGCCAUCCCGAUUUAGGAAGAAAAAGAAGAGAAUUCGUUGCAGAAUUAAGAAAAUCUUUCCCUUUCGUUUAAGUUCGAUGUAUCGUAAUGCGUUUUUUUUUUUUUUGCAAAAGAUUAUACCUUUGAAAUUUCCAAGCGUUGCGACAAAGUCCCGAAUUCCUCCUCUGAAAUGAGAUUCCUCUUCUUGUACCGCGAUGCACACCGAUUUUUAAGAUUUUUUACUGUACAUAAGACAAAACGGGAUCCCAAGUGCGCGGUGAGUUAAUCGUCAAUUGUAUGGUCUAUCGAACAGUUCUAUAUACGCAGACUAUAUUUUGUAAAUAAGCAUAUAUAUGUAACCCACUUAGGAAAAUUUAACGUUAUAAAAAAGAAUAUGAAUCUUUAUAUAUCCUGAUAGCCAUAUCAAUAAGUAUGCGCUUAAUAAUAUUUUAAUUCUACUUAUAGUCCUUAUUAGAGCGGUAAUUAAACGGCGUGUGAUAUUUAUUUCGAUGGUGGGAGCGAGCUUUUACAUAUAGUUCGUGCGAGACAUGAGGGAAUAUUCACAUUAAUGCUGUAUUUCAGAUUUUUGUAGUAAAAAAAAAAAGAAAAGAAAACGAUUGUGCGCCCAUUAAGAUGUGUUUAAAUGUUUUAAGAUUCGAUUUCCUAGGUAGAGCGAGAGGGAUAAGCAUGCUUUUCCGCAGUAGCAACGUAGCACGAUAGUAUUAUGCAUCGCGGUACCGGUAUAACAGCCACCCACAAGUCGCAAGUCGUUUUUGUUGAUUCUCGCUUGUUUGUUUUUGUUUUGUCAGUUUCUGGAUUAUAAUUAGAUUUGGUGAAAAAACUUCGACUUCGCCAGGGGCUUCUAAUCCCCUUUCUCUAUUACGUUCGCUUAACAAUUAUACGGCCAUCAGCGGGCGCACUGAUUCUGUCGAUGCACCAAUUUAUUUUCCGUGCGAGUCUCCUCGUCGCAAAAUGUCUAAUAAUUGACUUUACAUACAUCCACAUCCGACAUCUAAAUCCACUUGGGAAUCUUCACCAAGGAAACAAUCGAACUCAAUUAUUGAUACCCGCUAUUUCUGGGCCACCCUGUGUAUAUGUAACAUUCUUAUGAAAUAAAAAUUUGGCGUAUGAAAGAUAUGCAUACGCAGGGUGUCCCAAUAAUCGUGCAUGUCCUCUAGACACUUUAUGCCGCCGAGUAAAUGAUGAUUAGCUGUAUCGAUAGCUUUUGCUAAAACGAUUAACGUUUGACGGGCUCCUGAUGAGAGAUUCGGGAGCUCCGGAGAUACACGGAUGAAAAUAAAAAUCUAACAGACUUCUAAUAUUUAAGACGCAACCAUCAAGAUAUUUGAUAUGUGUGAAGUGUAAUAGAUGUAAAGGGCGAAGUCCAAUCGAGCUUUCGUUACGGAAAAAAAAGUUGACUUUUAAACUUGCCGAAGAAUCAACGGAGAAGGUGCGCGAUUUCUUGAGACGCUCUGUAUAUAAACAAUAUACUAUAAUGACAGUGCGAAAGAGUUCGCGCUGUCAAGUGUGCUUUCAUGGGUCUACGCAUAUAUACGUAUGCACGUGUAUAUAAGUGAAGAUAAUCAUGACCACGGCGAUUAUAAUUAAUGAUAUGUAUAAUUCUAUCGAAGUAUGUUAAUGAUAAAUAUAAUUAUAAAUAAUA